AUGAUCAAGAAGCCAAAAUAUUACCUUAAUAGCGCCUCUUUUAUUAAUGACAAUGCAAUGAUUUUCAUUUUCCAUUAUUUUACUCUUUACAUUUUUAAUUUCCUGAACAUUGAAUUAUUUUUCCUGUCCUAUGUCAUUCCAUUUUUAAUUACUGCUAUUUUUUCUCUCUUAUUUUUUUUCUGUCCACACUUUUUUCAUUUAUUCGCACUUGUUCAAUUACCGUAUUCUCUUUCUAAUUGUAAUUCGCUCAUAACUUUUCUCCCCUUUCUUCUUGAUUUCAUUUAUUUGCAUAUUUCUCGUUCGUCUCCUCCCAUUGCUUCAAUCUUAUUUCUUCCUUAUUUUCCUUCGUGUAUUCAUUAUUUUUUUUUCGUUGUACCUUCCUUCUCCCCUUUUUUCAUUGGCUUUAUUUAUUUUCUCUUUUUCUUUCAGUUUUCUCAUUCCUCAUUUUUUUUCUUUUCGCGUACUUUUUAUUCCUUCCUCUGCUCCUUUCUGAUAUCAUCCCUAUGUCUAAUUUUCUGUUCUUUUACCUGUUAUGUCCUUCUUUCACCUUACCUUUCUUUUCCUAUUUAUAGAGAUCGGCUGCUUCGUGGCGUGAAAAUAGGCGAAAUAUAUUCUGUCUUUUCGCUAUCUAUCUAUCUAUCUAUCUAUCUAUCUAUCUAUCUAUCUAUCUAUCUAUCUAAUUCUUUUAUUCAUAUCUAUCUAUCUAUCUAUCUAUCUAUCUAUCUAUCUAUCUAUCACAGCCUGUUUAUAUCUAUAAAUCUAUCUGUUGUUUUUUUAAUAUUACGCACAACACGCGUAUGCACUUGCAUACACACAUAUACAUAUAUUUCUUUUAAAAACCGAUUAUUCCAUCUAUCUAUCUAUCUAUCUAUCUAUCUAUCUAUCUAUCUAUCUAUCUAUCUAUCUAUUUGUUCAUUAUCCCCUUUUCUACACUACGAUCCUUUCUUUCUUUCUUUCUUUCUUUCUUUCUUUCUUUCUUUCUUUCUUUCUUUCUUUCUUUCUUUCUUUUGCUUCCAAUUAUACUCUGCGUACUUCACGCAUUUUUCUAUCUAUCUAUCUAUCUAUCUAUCUAUCUAUCUAUCUAUCUAUCUAUCCUUUUCACUCUCUUUCUUUUCUUUCUUUCUUUCUUUCUUUCUUUUGCUUCCAAUUAUACUCUGCGUACUUCACACAUCUAUCUAUCUAUCUAUCUAUCUAUCUAUCUAUCUAUCUAUCUAUCUAUCCUUUUCACUAUCUUUCUUUCUUUUCUUUCGUGCUUUCUUUCUUUCUUUCUUUCUUUCUUUCUUUCUUUCUUUUGCUUCCAAUUAUACUCUGCGCAUUUCCCGCAUCUAUCUAUCUAUCUAUCUAUCUAUCUAUCUAUCUAUCUAUCUAUCUAUCUAUCUAUCUAUCCUUUUCACUCUCUUUCUUUCUUUCUUUCUUUCUUUCUUUCUUUCUUUCUUUCUUUCUUUCUUUCGCUUCCAAUUAUACUCUGCGUACUUCACGCAUUUUUCUAUCUAUCUAUCUAUCUAUCUAUCUAUCUAUCUAUCUAUCUAUCUAUCUAUCCUUUUCACUAUCUUUCUUUCUUUUCUUUCGUGCUUUCUUUCUUUCUUUCUUUCUUUCUUUUGCUUCCAAUUAUACUCUGCGCAUUUCCCGCAUCUAUCUAUCUAUCUAUCUAUCUAUCUAUCUAUCUAUCUAUCUAUCUAUCUAUCUAUCCUUUUCACUCUCUUUCUUUCUUUCUUUCUUUCUUUCUUUCUUUCUUUUCAUAUUCAAUUCCCUUUCUCUUUUACUUCCCACCCUUUCCAAGUGCUCUACCUUAUUUUCUUCUUUAUCCUUCUUUCUCCAUCUUUUCCUACUUUUUCUGCUUCUUUUUCCCGCUUUUUCUUUUUUCUUCUUCAACUUCCUCUUCUUCUACCCGCUCCGUCUCCGCUCUUCCGCUUCUUUUUCCUCGGCAUCUCUUUUCACUUCUUCUUCGACUUCCUCCUUAUUUUUUUCUGUCUUUUGCUUCAACUCAUCCCUUGCUCUCUUCACUACGCAUUCUUCCUUUUUCUUUACUUCCAUAUUCUUUCUUUCUUUCUUUCAAUUAUACCCUGCAUACUUUACGCAUUUUCUUUCUUUCUUUCUUUCUUUCUUUCUUUCAAUUAUACCCUGCAUACUUCACGCAUUUUCUUUCUUUCUUUCUUUCUUUCUUUCUUUCAAUUAUACCCUGCAUACUUUACGCAUUUUCUUUCUUUCUUUCUUUCUUUCUUUCUUUCUUUCUUUCUUUCAAUUAUACCCUGCAUACUUUACGCAUUUUCUUUCUUUCUUUCUUUCUUUCUUUCUUUCUUUCUUUCAAUUAUACCCUGCAUACUUCACGCAUUUUCUUUCUUUCUUUCUUUCUUUCUUUCUUUCAAUUAUACCCUGCAUACUUCACGCAUUUUCUUUCUUUCUUUCUUUCUUUCUUUCUUUCUUUCUUUCUUUCUUUCUUUCUUUCUUUCAAUUAUACCCUGCAUACUUGACGCAUUUCCUUCUUUCUAUCUUUCUUUCUUUCUUUCAUUCAUUCAUUCUUUCUUUCUUUUCUUUCUUUCUUUCUUUCUUUCUUUCUUUCUUUCAAUUAUACCCUGCAUACUUGACGCAUUUCCUUCUUUCUUUCUUUUAAUUAUACCCAGGAUACUUCAUACAUUUUUCUUUCUUUCUUUCAUUCUUUCUUUCUUUCUUUCUUUCUUCUUUCUUUCUUUCUUUCUUUCUUUUCAUAUUCAACUCCAUUUCUCUUCUUUCGCUUUUACUUCCCACCCUUUCUUUUUUCGUUUCUCUUCCUUUUAUAUUACUGUUUACCUAUUCGACCCCCCUUCCAUUUCUCCUUAUAAACAAAGCAAAUAUUCCAACAUGUUUUCCAAGCCGUUUGUUCCAUCAUGGACACUUCAUAUGUUUCUCUUGUUUUCAUCAGUAUUUUUCAAAAUUUCUCCAUUUCUUUUUCAUUUCGUUUUAUCUAUCUAUCUAUCUAUCUAUCUAUCUAUCUAUCUAUCUAUCUAUCUAUCUAUCUAUCUAUCUCAUUUGCAUUUUCUUUUAUCUAUCUAUCUAUCUAUCUAUCUAUCUAUCUAUCUAUCUAUCUAUCUAUCUAUCUAUCUAUCUCUUUUUCAUUUUGUUCUAUCUAUCUAUCUAUCUAUCUAUCUAUCUAUCUAUCUAUCUAUCUAUCUAUUUAUUUUUCAUUUUGUUCUAUCUAUCUAUCUAUCUAUCUAUCUAUCUAUCUAUCUAUCUAUCUAUCUCUUUUUCUUUUUCAUUUUGUUCUAUCUAUCUAUCUAUCUAUCUAUCUAUCUAUCUAUCUAUCUAUCUAUCUAUCUAUCUAUCCCAAUCUCUCUGCGCUCACCUUUCUUUCUUUCUUUCUUUCUUUCUUUCUUUCUUUUUUCUUUUUUUCUUUCUUUCUUUCUUUCUUUCUUUCUUAUGAAUUUACAAUUUUCUCAUCUAAAUCCGAUUCUGUUCAUAUCUAUCUAUCUAUCUAUCUAUCUAUCUAUCUAUCUAUCUAUCUAUCUAUCUAUCUUCUGUUCAAAAUUAUGUUCACUCUAUUCAUAUAUGUAA